CAAAUCAUAAAGCGCCACGUCUCCAAUUUGGCGGAUAAACAUAUUCCUCUUCUCUCUUUAUCCCUUCCAUUUUUUCUUGACUUCCCUCUAAUUUUCUGGAAAAACCUCUCAAAUUCAAUUUAAGGCCAUUCUUUUUUUCAAAUGUUGUGCUUCUGCAACAAAAACUUCAUCAUCUAAAUUUUCACACAACCAUGGAUAAACUUUCUCUCUCCUCUCCGCCAUCUCCAGUAGUUUCUCGUCCCUUUCUCUCUCCUCUUCUCCCCUUCACUAAUUCUAGAAGAAGGGUCUCUUUUACUCUCACUAAACCCAAGAAAUUCGCAGUUUUUGCAUCAAAAAAUGACCCAAAUGAUAACAAUAACCUCAAUCAAUGGGACCUUAUGGAGCUUAAAUUUGGGCAAAUGUUAGGAGAAGAUCCUAAACUUACCUUAGCUAAGAUAAAGGGAAGGAAAGUGAACCCGGAUGCUUCUUACAUGGACAUUGAGAAGAGUUUUUAUAAAAACAAGGGGAAAAUAGUGGAGGUGAAGGAGGUUCCAUUUGAUGUGCUUGAGAAGCCGGGGUCGACAAAAAUGGCGAAUGGGUUGAAUUUGGUGAAACCGGUUCCGAAGAAAGGGAUCAAAGUAGGGGGUGGUGAGGAUUUUGGGAGAUUGCCUGACUUAAAGAGGCCAAGUGAAUCAGUUAGGAAUAAGAUGAGUGGUGUUACUAAGUCUAAUGUUCCGAAUGUUAUUUUACGAAAACCGAGUGUGUUUAAUGAGAAAGAUGAUGAAAUGUAUAAUUCCUCGAGGUUGAAGAUAAGGCCGAAUUUGUCAUUGUCGAUGAGGACUGACUCAGUGAAGGAGAAGUUUAGUGGGAUGACGUUGUUGAAGAAACCUAGCGCGAGUGAGGCAAAAGAGAGUGGUGGUACAAAUGAAGAUAAUGUGAUGGAUGGAUCAAUGUAUAGUGGACUGGUGAACAAACCAGAAAGCAGUUUUGAGUCUGACAUUGCUGAUGAAGGACAAAACCCAACGACUUCUGGUGAAUAUACGCUGUUGGAGAAACCCCAAGCCACGGUGCCUCAAAAUACUGAGGAGAUUGGAAGCACUGCUAUUGCUAAUGUGAUGGAUAACAUGCUGGAGAAUUUUAUUGAUGGAAUUCCAGAAUCAGAAGGCAGUUUGAUUUCAAAGCAAGAUGGGCUGGGGGUAAUCUCCCCAACAGGAAUGGAGCACCUUGAGCAGACUGAUGCCGGGUAUUCAGGGAAUGGAAAUGGUAUGAGUACCUCAAGUGUAGGAUCAACUGUUUCUCAGCUCUCUGUUGAGUCUGUUCUCCAGGGAAAACCAAAAAGGGUUUUAUAUAAUAGAUUAGACCAAUCUGUGAGAGAAAUGUCAUCGUACCCAAUUCAAGAGGUGAUGGUUUCUGCAUAUCCUGAAAGCUUUGAUGGUGAAGGCGUGCAAGAGAAACUGCCUCAGUCACAUCCUCUGGAGGAAACAGAAGGGACUGCUUGGACACAAGUGGAGCAACUUUUUGAUCUUGGAGAUAGGGUGGAAGUAGAAUUGAUUAGUUGUAGCCCAAGAGGAUUUGUGGUAUCUUUUGGGUCAUUGAUAGGAUUUUUGCCAUACCGUAACUUGGCAGCAAAGUGGAAGUUCUUAGCUUUUGAGUCAUGGCUGAGAAGGAAUGGUUUAGAUCCUUCCAAGUACAGGCAGCAUUUAGGCAUUGUCGGGAAUGAUGAGGUUCUUAACAAAAGCACUUAUUUUGAGUCAUCCUCUGUUCCAGAAAAUGGUCAGAAGAAAAAAUUUGAAGUUUCACCUGAUAUGGAACUGGAAGAUCUCUUGAAAAUAUAUGACCAAGAGAAGAUCCAAUAUUUAUCAUCAUAUAUUGGUCAGCAUAUCAGAGUGAACAUUUUGUUGGCUGAUAGGAAGUCCAGAAAGCUUAUAUUUUCUAUGAGGCCGAAGGAAAAGGAAGAAACAGUCGAGAAGAAAAGAAGCCUCAUGGCAAAGCUUAGCGUUGGAGAUGUUGUGAAAUGCUGCAUAAAGAAAAUAACUUAUUUUGGUAUCUUUGUUGAGGUUGAGGGAGUACCUGCUCUAAUACACCAGACAGAAGUGUCAUGGGACGGCACACUAGACACUACAUCUUACCUCAAAAUUGGUCAGAUUGUGGAGGCUAAAGUUCAUCAGUUAGAUUUCGCCCUUGAGCGCAUCUUCUUAUCUCUAAAGGAGAUAACUCCAGAUCCAUUAAAUGAGGCAUUAGAAUGCAUUGUUGGGGGUAAUGGCUGCAUUGGGGGAUCAAAUUUUUCAGAGGCAGACACAGAGUGGGCUGAGGUGGAUACGCUUUUUAAAGAAUUGCAAGCGAUUGAGGGAGUUGAGAGUGUUACUAAUGGCCGUUUUUUCUUGAGCCCUGGUUUGGCGCCCACAUUUCAGGUUUACAUGGCAUCUAUGUUUGAUAAUCAGUACAAGCUAUUGGCUAGAUCCGGAAACAAAGUACAAGAGUUGAUGGUUCAAGCAUCAUUGGAUAAAGAAGAGAUGAAAUCUGCAAUUCUCAAAUGCACAAACAGAGUUGAGCUAUAAUAUUGACCAUCCUUUUUAAGUCUUUAACCCCCACAAUUUGUAUAUCCUCUCCCCUGCUUCUAUAGGUCAUGCUUUCACCUUUUCACCCCUUCUCCUGUUCUUUUAGGGCUUUUUUUUGUUAUAAUUAGGAAUCGUUUUUUUGAGGAUUAUCCUACAGUUUGUUUAUAAGAAUUUGUAUUAAUGUGCAGUUUCAUCUGUACAGAAUACCCAGGUUAAAGGAUUAUUACUACAGAAAUUAUCCUCAGUCAAUUUUUUUACAGGAUUUAUAGUUCA